ACCAACGCAACUCUUGUUACCAAAUACUUGUGAAAGAGCGGAUUGCAGCAGUCAAACCUCUAUUGAGGCCCAAACCGCAAACUUUUGCUUAAAACGCUUAUUAGUACCAAACACCCUUCAUCUAAUUUACCCGGCAACGGAGACGAAAUCUCUGUAUUUUUCCAGAGAUAUGGGUGAUGGAACAACUUCAAUUGAUCGAAUCUCGGAACUACCUGACUUCAUUCUUCACCAUAUAUUGUCAUAUCUUUCGACAAAAGAGGCUGCUCAAACGGGUGUUAUAUCCAAGAGGUGGCAAUAUGUUUGGGAAACAUUUCCCAUCCUUGAUUGUAAUGAAUGGUUUUUCGGAAGAGAAUUGGAUAUACUUAAUCCGAAGGAGCUUGGGAUUCCUAAAGAUGAGCGUCGUAAGAUUUUUAAUCGAAGAUUGAAGUUCAUGAGUUAUGUUGAUGAGAAGCUUCGUCGAUUUCGUGAGGAGAAUCUUUGUGUGAAGAAGUUUUUCCUUCAUAUAACCCUUGUGAGUAACAAUUUGACCCCUCGUGUUGAUACGUGGAUGGACCUGGUAGCUGAUUUGUGCAUUCAGGAAUUAGAUCUGUAUAUUACUAUGGGAAGAGAAAGACUCUAUGACCUGUCUAAGAAGUUACUUACAAUGGAAUCGAUAACCGUUUUAACUUUUAAGAGGCUGCCUUCUAUUAAGCAGCCGUCUUGACAGGAAUGCUGUUAAGCUAUGCUCUUUGGUCGAGCUGCAUCUUAGGGAUGUCUCUAUAGAUGAGGAUACAAUUCAAGAUCUCAUUUUCUCCAUUCAUUCAAUGAAAGUAUUUUCUUUAAAGAAUUGUUUAGGUUUUGAGAAUCUUGAAAUAUGUGAUCAUGAUAAGCUGGAGAAGGUGGUGUACCAUCCUCAUAAAGACUUCAAAGCCAAAACGUUUAGCAUUAAGGUGCGAACAUUAAAAGAAAUUGAUUUUUGUAGUGUUGAUGAAGAAAAGAGGGCAUGUGAAAUUAUUGUCAGUUCUGUUUGCCAAAAUCUGAAACGUUUGUCUGUGGGGUAUUCCCGUUGAUGCAAAGUGGCUACAAAACAUGAUUACAUCCUUUCCUCUGCUUGAGAAUCUGUAUUUGGGUGGAUGCAUAUUGCAAGAAGUUAUGAAACUCUCAAGUCAAGUUCUCAAGGAGAUGCAUGUUUGCAAUUGUAUGAAACUGGUGGAAGCAGAGUUUGAUACACCUAAUGCACAUUCAUUCGUGUAUCGUGGUGGGAAGACCAUGCCUCGCUUAUAUUCAAGCAGUGUUGCUGCUUAUCGGACAGCAGAGCUUUCUGUUCGUCUUGAAAAUAUGGACAGUGUAUGGUUCAUGAGGUUGAACAACUUUCUCAAAGAUAACAAAUUUCAGGACCUGACUUUUUGUAUGACUGCUAAAUCAGAUAAGGCUAUCUCUUUCGAUGUUGAGGACUAUGUGGGAAUCCAUUUUUCUCCCUUGGAACUCAACACUAUGAAAUUGGUUACGCAUACAUUGACAUCAGUAAACUAUGCAGCUCUUUUAGAUGCCUUAUUUUGGAACUUGCGUCCCAGGAUAUUGUCUUUAGAGCUUAAUUAUUAUUCUCCUGAAUUUUUUAAGGGAAUACUGAAAGGUUUGGUGGCUAAAGAAGAACCAAAUUGUUACUGCUCUCAGAAUCUUGAAUGUUGGCGUCACUCAUUGAAGGACAUAAAGCUAAUUAAUGUGAAAGGUUUGAAGAGUAAUAUUGUGUUUAAUGCGAUGACCCUGAACAAGUUGACUAAUUUCUUGGAUGAUUGGCUGAUUGAAGCCCAGAAAACUGUUAAAUCUUGUGAACAUCUCAAAGUACAAACUUUAUCUUUUCAAUUGUCUUGGUAAUGUAUUAAUAUUGUACAGUAACAACACCUUAUGUGAGGUGUGGUAUAGUAAAAGCGGGAAUAUAUGCGAUGUCCUUAUGCUACUAGUGUUUGGAAGGCUUCUUAUAUUGUAGACUUCCAAUAUUUGGUGAUGUAGUGGGAUGGGUAGAGUGGUUUUUUUUUUUUUUUUUUUUAAUUCUUGAAGUAAAAAAGAGUAGAAUAAACCUGUGAAUGAGAGGAAUAAACCUGCUGGGAAUAUGGUAGCAACGAGGUCUGAUGCAGUUUGGCAUCCUUCUGUAGCUGAAGCAGAAGGUGAAACUGAUUACUGAUGUAUGGUGCUUGCUUUGGAGAUCGAGGUGGGAGUUGGCAUGGGAAUUUUAAUUAGAUACCAUAGUGGGGGUCUGUACAAUGGACUGUCUGUAAGCAGUUGAAGCAAUCUUUGGAUGCUAACAUUGUGGAAGAAAAGGCAAUCGUGCUUGAACUUCUGAUGGUUCUGCAAUGCAAUUUCUGUGCUAUAAUUUUUCAAAAGCGACUGUUUGCAGGUUGUUAGUAUGGGACUUACUUAGGUGUAAUAGUGAGGGAAGCUUUAAAUUUGCUAAAUGUUUUGAUUUAGGUGAGCAUGUUCAUAUUUCAGAGAAGCUACUGAGGUUGCUCAUGCCACGGCACAGCCUUAUUAACCCCCUUGAUUGCCCUAUAAGAGUGUGGGUUGGGGUUGUCCGUUGGUUGUGGAGGAUGUAUUAUCUUCAAACUAUUGUCUAUAAAUAAAAGCUAAUAUAAUGAUGAUUUAUCUAAGCAAAACACCUUAUUGACAAACUUACAAGUGCUAUCUAGUAAUCUACGAGUCAUCUUUUCAACAUAUAGCAGCUCUUCCACUCCAGGUAUGCUAUGUGGUCGUUGCUCUCGUUCCCAAAUCCUGAGUUUGGCUAGCAUCAGUACCAUUCAAGUUAUCACCAUCUAGUAGUUAUUCCAGAGUUGCUUCACAACCUUUUAAAUUUGUUCGCAACACUUAUUCUUGGCUAGUAAUACUUCUCAAGAUCUCUGUACAAUUAGAAACACCCCUUUGGAUAAUUUACUUGAUGGAAGACGAGGGGUUGACGUUAGGAGACCAUCUUGGACAACCACAUUAAUACUUGGACUGCCUUUGUUAACUCAUGCAUGAUUAACCGAAUACCUACUUUGAUUUGUUAACUCAUGCAUGAUUCACCUUUGACCUACUUUUUAUGAUUGAUCGUUUAUUUAAAUGCAACAUUUUUAAAAAUGAAAACAUUCUAUUCUUUCUAUAUAUCUCUUGUCACAUGAUCCUCACCUCUGCCAUACUUACAUAUUUAUAGUACUUUUACCUAAAUAAUUCACCUAAUAUUACUUUUACAUAAAUCCAAUUGUAUAACAAAAAAUUGGGUGUUUCUAUCAAUCUUCUCUAAGCUCUCUUGAACUCUUUCUCUCCUCUCAGGCUAUCACCAUUCCAUCAAAAUCAAAAAAUUGAAAGGUAAUUUUUUUUUUCAAUUUUCAGUUUAAAUUUGUGUGUUAAUUACAUAAAAUGAUAUUAAAGAGUAUAUUUGCAUUUUAUUACAGAUUCUGGAUUAUUGGAUUAUUGGGGGUUUGAAUGCUUCUCUUGUUUUGCUGCAUUUAGAGUUUUGAUUAGAUAAUUUUAAACCUGCAUAACUUAAAAUUUGAUAGAUAUGGAUGAUGAGGGAAAAACCUGUAUUGAUCGAAUAUCCAAACUACCUGACUUCAUUCUUCACCAUAUAUUGUCUUGUCUUUUCACAAAAGAGUCUGUUCAAUUGAGUGUUAUAUCCAAGAGACGGCAAUAUGUUUUGGAAACGUUCCCCAUCCUUGAUUGUUGUGAAGGGUAUUUCGGAAAAUAUUUGCGUGUAAUCCGAACCUGAAAAGGAUUCCUGAAGAUGAGUGUCGUUAGAUUUUUAAUCAAAGAGUCGAGUUCAUGAGCUACAUUGAUAAGAAACUGUGUCGAUUUCGUGAAAAGAAUCUUCGUGUGAACAAGUUCUCUCUUGGUAUAACUCUUGUGAGCAACAAGUUGGCUCCUCGUGUUGAUACAUGGAUGGAAUUGCUUGCUGGUACUUGUAUACAGGAGUUAAAUGUGUAUAUUCGUGCAGGACAUGAAAGACGACAUGAUCUGUCUAAGAUUUUAUUUACAAUGGAGCCAUUAACUGUUUUAAUUUUACAAGGUCGUGUUCUAUUAAGUAGCUGUCUUGAUAGGAAUGCUGUUAAGCUAUCCUCUUUAGUUGAGCUGCGUCUUAUUGGUGUCUCUAUAGAUGAGGAUACAAUUCAAGAUCUCAUUUUCUGUUGUCGUUCAAUUAAAGUAUUCUUUUUGAUGAACUGUGUGGGUUUUGAGAAUCUUGAAGUAUGUGAUCAUGAUAAACUCGAGAAGAUGGUGUACAACAAUUUACAUAGAGAUGUCAAAGACAAAAAGUUUAGCAUAGAGGUGCCAACAUUAAAAGAACUCGAAAUCACUUUUCGUAAUGGUGGUGAAGAAACAAUGGUAUGUGAAAUCAUUGUCAGUUCUAUUUGCCAAAAUCUGAAACGUUUGUCUUUGUGGGGUAUUCCUGUUGAUGCAAAGUGGCUACAAAACAUGAUUACAUCCUUUCCUCUGCUUGAGAAUCUGUAUUUGGGUGGAUGCAUAUUGCAAGAAGUUAUUAAACUCUCAAGUCAAGCUGUCAAGGAGAUAUGUAUUCACAGCUGUAUGAAGCUGAUGGAAGCAGAGUUUAUACACCUAAUGUACAUUCAUUUAAAUAUUGUGGGCAGACUAUGCCUCGCUUAUAUUCAAACUGUGUUACUGAUUAUCGGACAGCAUAUUUCUCUUCCCGUCUUAAAGAUAUGGACAGUUUAUGGUUCAUGAGGCUGUACAACUUUCUCAGAGAUUUCAGAUUUCAAGACUUGACUAUUUGGAUGAUUCCUUAUUCAGGCAGGGAAAUUUCCUUCAAUGCUGAGGACUAUAUCGGAAUACAGUUUCCUCCCUUUGAACUCGACAAUAUGAAGUUGUUUAUGAAUGUAUUUACAUCAAUAAACUAUGCAGUUCUUUUAAAUGGCUUAUUCUGGAACUUGCGUCCUAGGAUUCUGGAACUCGACAACUAUGAAUGUAUUAGUUUUUUUUUUUUUACUUUCAAAGUGAAAGUGAAAGGAAAAGGAUAAGGGAUUGAACAUUUGAACCCCAACCUCAAUAAGAGAUUAAAAUGGCUCUAAUGGGAUUGAACCCCAACCUCAACCAAAUUUAGGUUUGUACAUACUGUACUCAAUUAGCUACACAAACGUAGCUUCACCAUUAAUAUACUUAUUUUUUUCUUUUCAUUUGUACAUUAUUUUUUUUGACGGGAUCAUACGUACAUGGUACAUGAAUUAGUUGUAUACUUUCUCCGUUUAACUAAAAGUACAACAGUUGAAAAUUUUCCGAUUAAUCAAAAUUUAUAAUAAUCCCAUCCCAAACCCAGAAAAACCUAACUCCAGUAUUUAGUCAGACUUCCAUUUUAACACCCUCAUUUUUCUCUCUUUUCUCUUCAAUCUCUCUCUUCGUAAUUCUUGAGGAGCUUGCAUAUAUUUUCAUUCUGAGGAAAUAAAUUGAAACCCUGAUGAGCAAAUUCAUUCAACAAAUUGAAAGAUCCUGGAUUAUUGGGGAUUGAGUGCUUCUCUUGUUGUGCAACAUUUAGAGUUUGGAGUAGAUAAUUUUUAAUCUAAAUAACUUAAAACUUGAGAGAUAUGAAUGAUGAGGGAAAAACCUGUAUUGAUCGAAUAUCCGAACUACCUGACUUCAUUCUUCACCAUAUAUUAUCUUAUCUUUUUACAAAAGAAGCUGCUCAAUUGAGUGUUAUAUCCAAGAGAUGGCAAUAUGUUUGGGAAACAUUCCCCAUCCUUGAUUUUCAUGAAGGGUAUUUUGGAAAAGAUUUGUGUGUAAUUAAUCCGAAGCAGAAUUGGAUUUCUAAAGAUGGGCGUCGUAAGAUAUUUAAUCAAAGAGUCAAGUUCAUGAGCUAUAUUGAUAAGAAAUUGCAUCGAUUUCGUGAGAAGAAUCUUCGUGUGAACAAGUUUUUUCUUAGUAUGACUCUUGUGAGUAACAAGUUGGCUCCUCGAGUUGAUACAUGGAUGGAUUUGCUUGCUGAUAUGCGCAUUCAGGAGUUAAAUGUGAUUAUUCGUGCAGGACAUGAAAGACGACAUGACCUGUCUAAGAUAUUAUUUACAAUGGAGUCAUUAACCCUUUUAAUUUUACAAAGUUGUGUUCUAUUAAAUAGCCGUCUUGAUAGGAAUGCUGUUAAGCUAUCCUCUUUAGUUGAGAUGCAUCUUAUUCGUGUCUCUAUAGAUGAGGAUACAAUUCAAGAUCUCAUUUUCUGUUGUCAUUCAAUGAAAGUAUUCUUUUUGAUGAACUGUGUGGGUUUUGAGAAUCUUGAAAUAUGUGAUCAUGAUAAGCUCGAGAAGAUGGUGUACUAUUCUCAAAGUGGAUUCAAAGACAUAGGCAUAAAGGUGCCAACAUUAAAAGAACUCAUUAUUCAUAAUGGUGGCGAAGAAACGAUGGUACAUGAAAUCAUUGUCAGUUCUGUUUGCCAAAAUCUGAAACAUUUGUCUUUGUGGGGAAUUCCUAUAGAUCCAAAAUGGCUACAGAGCAUGCUUACAUCCUUUCCGUUGCUUGAGCAUUUAGUCUUGCAAAAUUGCGUAUUGCAAGAAUUUAUGAAGCUCUCAAGUCAAGUCCUGAAGGAGAUGCAUUUGUUGCAUUGUACGAAAUUGAUGGAAGCAGAGUUUGAUACACCUAAUUUACAUACAUUUGAAUAUUGUGGGAAGACCAUGCCCCGUUUAUAUUCAAAUAAUGUUUCUGAUUAUCGGACAGCAGAGCUAGAGGUCCGUCUUGAAGAUAUGAACCGUUUAUGGUUCAUGAGGUUGAAAUACUUUCUCAAAGAUAACAAAUUUCAAGACCUGACUUUCUCCAUGACUUCUAUAUCAGGUGAGGUGAUCUCCUUCAAUGGUGAGGACUAUAUGGGAAUCCAGUUUGCUCCUAUUGAACUCAAUAAUAUGAAGUUGGUUGCGUAUUCAUUGAAAUCAAUAAACUUUGCAGCUCUUUUAGAUAGCUUAUUUUGGAACUUGCGUCCCAGGAUUUUGUCUAUACAGCUUGAAUUUUAUUCUUCUAAAAAAUUUAUCAAGGGACUACUGAAAAGUUUGGUGACUGUUGAAGAACGAAAAUGUUGCUGCUCUCAGAAUCUUGAAUGUUGGCGUCACUCAUUGAAGGAUAUAAAGCUGAUUAAUAAUGUGAAAGGUUUGAAGAGUAAUACUGUAUUUAACGCGAUGACCCUGAACAACUUUACUAAUUUUGUGGAUGAUUGGAAGACUGAAGCCAAGAGAAUAGCCAAAUCUACUGCUUUUGUCAAAGAUGAAACUUUAUCUUUUCAAUUGUCUUGGUAAUAACUAAUAAGACUGUUUGUAAGCAGUUGAUGCAAUCUUUGGAUGCUAACGCUGUGGAAGAAAAGACAAUCGUGCUUGGAGCUCUGAUGGCUCUGAAAUGCAAUUCUUGUGCUAAUAAUUGUUUAUCUUUUAAAGCCACUAUUUGCAGGUUGCUAGUAUGAAACUUACUUAGGUUAUAACAGUAAGGGAAGAUCUAAAAUCUGCUAAAUGUUUAUAUUUAGGUGAGUAUGUUCGUAUAUCAGAGAAGAUACCGAGGUUGGUCAUGCUACAACACACCUUAACCCCCAUUGAUUGCUCUACAAGAGCAUGGGUUGGGUAUGUUCGUUGGUUAUGAAGGAUGUGUUUGCUUCGGGUUGUUGUCUUUCUGUAUAUAAUUAAAAGUUAUUACUCUGUAAUAUUUCGUAUAUAAUUAAGAGUUUUCAAAAUAUGAGAUUAAUAAGUGUACUUAGGGGUAGGGAUUCCCUCUACUCCCAAGUGUCUGACUCGCAAAUACUAAACUAAAAAAAUUGUGAGGGUUGAGGUCUAUUCUAGGUCUACCUUACCAUUAACAAAAAUAAUAAUACAUGUACUGAUGUACAUAUGAAAAAAAAUAAAAUAAAAUAAAAUUGUACUCAAAUUUACUAAAAAGGUAAUGCUAUAUGUAAUCCUUAC